GAGUGCAUGGAGGCAUGAACCGUCUCAUUCUCUAAUUGGAUUUGAUUAAAAUACGAAUUCAAAUGUUCGAAUGGUCUUUUGUAAAUAUGCUUUAUUGUAUACUCACACUUAUAUUUGUAUUAGAGAAUGUGUUUCCAACACGUUCAGAAAUUUCUGUUAAUUUAGUGACUUUGGAAUCAUGUAACUAUGGAGAUACCAUCGAAAAUUUAUGUACCAAGUGUGAAUGUACAACUGAAGGGGUGUACCAUUGCAAGGCAAGAGAAUGUGAUGAAGUCCAAGUAAUCUACUUAAAGAACCCAACAGCAUGUCAACCCAACGUGGUAUACAAGCAGGGCUUCACAAGUUGUAUGUGCACAGCAGAAGGCCUAUGGCCUCACACAGUCUGUUACGAUACCUUCGGUCAGCUGCCAAUGGAGUCAAUAAAGAAAAAGACAUGUGAACCCCAAGGAUACGUCCAAGUUGAGUGCAAUAUAUGCAGAUGUAAUGAUAAUGGGGAAGUAGAUUCUACACGUUGCACUAUCAAUGAAUGCGACGUAAAAAAACCUUAUUUCAGGAAGAAUAACGAAGCAAACCAAGCAAACAAAGAUUUAUUCGGACAGUGCCUAGUAAGGCACUGGUAUUCUUUAGCGCCAUGUCAGUUUUGUUACUGCGUCGACACCAACAAGCUGAUGUGCAGCACCAGUGUAAUACAAGCUAAAAGACAAGGUCAAAUGAAUUUAGGGCCGACUGCCUUAGUACACUGCGGACCUGGACUUAUAAAGGAGAUUGCUGCCUUGGUCCCACAUCAGCAGAAGUUGAGAAGUAUACUAUCAUCCAGCGAAGAUGAAGUUUCGUCAAAUGGUAUGGACGUUAAAGCUAGUCAAAAUACGGAGGCAACUACACAAUACGACCUAAAGGAGGUUGAGAAGAAGAUAAAUAAAGUUAAAGCAAUAACAGAAAAAAUAUCAAAGCCAGAAGAUGGUCAGCUUCAGAUGGCUUAUUAUGAUGUUGAAGAAAACAAAAUGGACGCAGAUGAUAUGACAAUAGAUAUCGCAGCCACCUUUGAUGCUAAUAAUCCGAGACAUACAAAACAAAACGGAGGACCGCCCAUGACAUAUACUUACGAUGCUUUGGAUGCUGUGAGACGAUCGCUGAAAUUAGUUGAAACCGGGAAGUGUAAGCUGGGGACGUCUAUUAAUGUUGAAUGUAAUUUUUGUCAUUGUUUGAAGAAUGGCAAAAUGCUUUGUACUGACAAGAAAUGUGAUUGA